AUGUUUCGUGUUAUAUUAUUAUUUUUAAUCUUAUCUGUAACAUUACCUACAUCAUCAAUAUCAAUUAUUCGAAAAGAUCGUAUACGUCGACAACUUGAUAAUCAACAUUGUGAAGCUAUUACAGGUUUCGAUUGUAAAUGUUCCUUUUAUCGUGUAAUAUGUACAAUUGAUCAUGAAUUACCAUCACCUAUAAAUAUUAUAGCAAACGAAAAACACAAAUAUCAAUCUGUUGAAUUAAUUAUAGAAGCUCCACGUGAUAUUCAUGUUAAUGAAUAUACAUUUGAACCGGUUAAAGAAUUAUAUAAACUUGAUGGAGAUCAUUUCGAAUUUCGUAUUAAAUUCGAAAAAUUUACUGCACUUCAUUUAUCAUCACCUUCAAUCUUUAAUCGAAUAUUUUCAGAUAAUUUCCCAUCAAAUGCACGAACACAUUUAGCAUUAGAAAUUUAUAAUCCUGAAGUAACACCAGAUGCUAAUCCAAACCUAUUUCAAAAUUUACAUGCAGAGUCAUUAGAAUUAUAUGCAUUGUAUCCAUUUCAUGGUACAUUUCAACAAUUAUUCAAGGAUGCCAAUAUAAAAUUUCUACGUUUAAGUGGUGGUGAUAUACGUUCGGAUGUUUCUGAAACAUUUACAGGCAAUAUCGCUCGUUUAGAGCUAGCUAAUCUAGCGAACGCAAUUUCAGUACAGCUUUUUCCUGUUUAUCCAGUACAUGAAUUAACUAUAAAUGCGUUUUAUGUAACCGACUUUGAUACUGAACAUCCACCAAAUUAUGCUAAUUUAGGUGAAUUACGUGUUCAUACUACAAAUCGUAUACCAGCACAUGCUUUUCGCAUUGAUCCACAUGCAUUUGAUGGUUUAACUCACUUAGAAAAAUUAACAGUCAAAGAUUCACCACCAAAUUUAGAUCUUUUCAAUAGUUUACCAAAUCUUAAAGAAUUUGAAGUACGUAUUGAAAAAUUAGAUGAAAAUACACAAUGUAAAUUAAUUGAAAAACUAGCUAGUGGACAAGUAGCUAUUCAAGCCCUACCAUAUGGUCGAGAAUGUACAUGUGUAUCAGCUUAUUUGGAUACAGCUGUUGGACGAUUCCCAUGUAGUCCACAGGAUUGUGAGUAUUCAUCAUGUGCUGCAAUUAAAAAUAACUACAAUGCAGAUACAAGUACAUUUAAUCCACCACCAACAAUUCAACGUUCCGAUGGUACAGACGCUUUACGUGAACGUGAACCACGAGUGUACACGGCACCAUAUCAAGUUACACCACAAGAUAAACAAAAACUACAAAACGCUAUUUCACCACCACAACCAGAACAAUCAAAUGAAGAUAGACGACGACCUGACUGUGAAUACCAGGCUCCAGAUGCACCUUAUGAUCCACAAGAUGCAGAUGAUUACUCAUCAAAUGUAGACAACAGUCAAACUGAAAAACCUUAUUCUGAUCCUUCAUCUAAAUAUGAAAAUCCAUGGGAUGAUCCAAAUUAUUAUCAAUCAUAUAAUGAAUUAGAAGCAACAACACAAAUAAACACGCAAGAUAGCUGGGAACAGUAUCCAAGCGAUAUUACUACUACUGCUGCUGCUAUUCCUUUUUAUCCGAUCAAUGAUGAUUCACAAGAAGGGCAAGAUAGCGAAGAAUCACAAGCACAAAACGAAGAUAAUGAAUAUCAAACUGAUUCAGCAACUGCUCAAUCAGAUGAACGUGAUGCAGGUAGCAGCGAAAAAGAAUAUAGUCCAACAGUAACCACCGAAUAG